AUGGCACCGCCCACCGAACCCGUCCGAGAAUUCUUCCUUCUGCCGGAGCUCCUCGAAACGUUGUUCCUCCUCCUACCGGCUCAAGACAUCCUCCGCCUCCAACGCGUCUGCAAGCAAUUCCGCGCUACCACCAUCGGCUCGUUGAAACUCCAGCAACACCUCUUCCUCCGACCGCUCAAAGGCGAGACGGCGUGGCUGGUCGACAUCACGAACCUACCGGCUGGGAAAGGCCCGUUGAGCUACAAGCACGAGACGCCGCUGUACGUCAAGGCGGCCGUGAGCAGGACGUCGAGGGAGUUCAAGAGUCAUCACGGGAUGGUGAUUACGCCCGCAAGGCACAACCCGCUCUUCUCUUACUCCAAGCCGCCGUCUGAUCACGAGGAUCUUGAUUCCAAAGCCGCAAAGCCCCCUUACAUCGUAUUGGAGAUGCACUACGACCGUCUGCAAUGGCUGAGGCAAAAGCACCACGUCGCGAUGGAGAUGUUCCUCACGAAUCCACCGGUGCGAAAAGUCUCUGUCGACGCGAUGCUGGAAGAGCCACCCGUCAAGCACGGCGAACAGAGCGUCCAAGAGAUGCGGGAGAAGCCACUCGUCAAGCGCAGCGACAGGACACGGCAUUCGCGACAACGACGGCUUCGCGCUUAUCAGGAGAUACCGGUCGCGUCGAAGAAGCACGCCAGUUUCGAGGUUUCUGAGUUGGGUGGUGUUACGCUUGGACACAUUGUCCAUGCGUUGGGAAAGCUGAAGGACAGGGGAAGGGUGGGGAGUAUGAAGAUUUACCCGAGCGGUGUCAUGAUCGUCGACAUGGAGGACGAGGAGCUUGUGCGAGCAGAAACGGAGAAGCGGCAAGCUGGCGUGGUGCGGGAAGGUGAAGUGGUGGAAGCCAGCUCGGCUUGA